AUGAGUUUGAAGCCAGUGGAGAGAAUGUGCUUGUGCGGAGCAACCACCAGCCAGGGCGCAGGCCGGGGCUUGGACCGCAGGGCAAGUGUGCGGCGCACUGGGCAGGACGCCAAGGUGUAUACCUGGGGUAGAGUCCCCGGCGAGGAACUCAGGUUCCUUGGUGGUGCGUGCACCGCUACCCCAGUGCAGGCCUCGAGAGUGCGGGCCUGGGCCCCGCAGACGAGCCAAGUGUGGGGCCUGCUGGGUGCUCUCGCUUGCCAGGUCAAAACGGCCUUCCGCGGUGGCUGCCCCUUUGAUUCUGAGCAGAGCACUGGUUCAGACUCCGAGGUGCUCACUGAGCGGACUUCCUGCUCCUUUGACACUCACACUGACCUGGGCCCUGGUGCUGCAGGCCCUGUGCCUGCUGCCAUGUCUUCCAUGGAGGAGAUUCAGGUGGAGCUGCAAUGUGCUGACCUCUGGAAGAGGUUCCAUGACAUUGGAACUGAGAUGAUCAUCACCAAAGCAGGCAGGAGGAUGUUUCCUGCCAUGAGAGUGAAAAUCACCGGCCUGGAUCCACACCAGCAGUACUACAUAGCAAUGGACAUUGUGCCUGUGGACAAUAAAAGAUAUAGAUAUGUGUAUCAUAGCUCCAAGUGGAUGGUGGCUGGCAACGCUGACUCCCCUGUACCCCCGAGAGUUUAUAUACAUCCUGAUUCUCUAGCUUCUGGAGACACUUGGAUGAGACAGGUGGUCAGUUUCGACAAACUCAAGCUGACCAACAAUGAAUUGGAUGAUCAAGGACAUAUCAUUCUGCACUCUAUGCACAAAUACCAGCCUCGAGUUCAUGUGAUUCGCAAGGAUUUCAGCAGUGACCUUUCACCCACCAAGCCUGUCCCUGUUGGGGAUGGAGUGAAAACAUUCAACUUUCCUGAGACCGUGUUCACCACGGUCACAGCCUAUCAGAACCAGCAGAUCACCAGAUUAAAAAUUGACCGAAACCCUUUUGCUAAAGGAUUUAGAGAUUCUGGAAGAAACAGAACCGGACUGGAAGCCAUCAUGGAGACUUACGCGUUUUGGAGACCCCCUGUGCGCACACUCACCUUUGAGGAUUUCACCACCAUGCAAAAACAGCAAGGGGGCAGCACAGGCACUUCCCCAACCACCUCCAGCACCGGGACACCAUCCCCUUCAGCUUCUUCUCAUCUUUUAUCUCCAUCCUGUUCUCCUCCAACAUUUCAUCUGGCCCCCAACACUUUCAACGUGGGCUGUCGAGAGAGCCAGCUGUGUAAUCUAAACCUCUCUGAUUAUCCACCGUGUGCCCGAAGCAACAUGGCUGCCUUGCAGAGCUACCCAGGGCUGAGUGACAGUGGCUACAAUAGGCUCCAGAGUGGCACUACUUCAGCCACUCAGCCCUCCGAAACCUUCAUGCCUCAGAGGACUCCAUCCCUGAUCUCAGGAAUACCAACUCCUCCUUCGUUGCCUAGCAACAGCAAGAUGGAAGCCUACGGUGGCCAACUGGGGUCCUUCCCCACUUCCCAGUUUCAGUAUGUCAUGCAGGCAGGCAAUGCAGCCUCCAGCUCCUCCUCACCACACAUGUUCGGGGGCAGCCACAUGCAGCAGAGCUCCUACAAUGCCUUCUCUCUCCACAACCCUUACAAUCUGUACGGAUACAAUUUCCCCACUUCCCCUAGGCUAGCUGCAAGCCCAGAAAAACUGAGCGCCUCUCAAAGCACUUUACUCUGUUCUUCUCCUUCCAAUGGGGCCUUUGGAGAGAGGCAGUACCUGCCUACAGGGAUGGAGCACAGCAUGCACAUGAUUAGCCCUUCGCCCAAUAAUCAGCAGGCGACUAACACCUGUGAUGGCCGACAGUACGGGGCGGUCCCAGGCUCUUCCUCCCAGAUGUCAGUACACAUGGUUUAA